AACCGAACCCCCAAAAUUGUCCAGGCCCGCAACCCUCCCACGCAAUCCGACGCCCAUUGCCCGCGCAGAAGACGACAAGCCCGCUUCUCGAUUCCAUCGACAACCAACUCACCGAAACACCACAGCAGCAACUCAAACCGCCACAAUGGGAAAGGUUCACGGAUCGUUGGCGCGUGCCGGAAAGGUCAAGUCUCAGACCCCCAAGGUUGAGCCCCAGGAGAAGAAGAAGACCCCCAAGGGCCGCGCGAAGAAGAGACUCACAUACACCCGCCGUUUCGUCAACGUCACCCUCACCGGAGGCAAGCGCAAGAUGAACCCCAACCCUACCUCCUAAGCGCCUUCCUCUUCCCACAUGCAUUCGAUACGACUCUAGGAACGUCUGGGCCACUGGCAUGAGGGUGGAAUCGACGGGACAAUCAAGUUCAAGGGUGGUUGGCGAAAAUGGUGAAAUUUGGGACAAAAUGCCGUCGUGGUUUCGGAAAUCUUAUCACGCCCCUCAUAUCCCUCCGGUUUCCCUCCGCCUGACGACGGCUUGAGGAAUCCCCUACCGGUGUGGUUUACUUGGGUCCGUCUGUGUGUAGAUUGAUCUCUCCCGACCCGACGAAAGCAUAAGAGACAAACGAAUGCGUAUUGCAGAAUUCGUAAAAACUAUUUGGGUUUUUUCUGGCAUUCAAAUCGGAAAUGGGGAAUACUCGCUUUAUCUUUGAACUUGUCUUUUGUCAAACUUUGAUGAGCGCUCGCACAUGCUUGGGGAGAAAUACACGGAUUUCUUCUGCCAACUCUAUGACUUGUGCUCAAGAAUUACUGUGAUUACAUGCUACACAAGAUCUCUCCCCAUCAGUCCCAC